AUGUUGAAAAUGACGCUUCUACGAAUAUUCUUAUCGCAGUGCCCUCUAUUUCAAUCCCAAGGAUUUAAAAACCGUCCACUGCGCGUCGUUGUCUCGAUUGUCCUCACCACCUACGCCUUGCUUUUGGGUCUAUAUGUGCUGUCCCAGUCAACGCAGCACAGUGCAAAGUCAACCUCCUACUCCUUAUCUUCUGCUAAGAGAGGCAGAGAGGCAGUCUGCGCAAGCGACUGGUACGCUUCUAUUUGGGCCAAGAUUGGCGUUAGUUACCGCCUUCAACUGAAAGUACCAGUGGAUCCAACCGUCGCAAAAACCCACUUUGACCGUGUUUCCAGCAGCAUAGUGGUGAAAUACGACAGUUGUCCAUGCCUGCUCUCCUUCGAGGAUAUGGCUGAGAUCGAGGAUCGAUUCUGGCGUCUGCGUGUGGGCAAACAAGUUUACCGGCUGUAUCCACAGAGCCUAAACAUGUCAGAUGUCGUUAUCAGAGUGAAGUGCAGUGCCGGAGGUAGGUUCCCAUGA